UUUACGUCAACUACCACUUGGCCACUCUAGCAGCAGGUUUCAUACCUUUGUCUGGUCACGGUAAAUCUAUUCGGAACUUGGAAGGCUUCUAUUUUGUCCCAAAACCCAUCGGUCAAAUUGCAAUAUAUUCUCCAGGUAUUGACGCAAUGGCUCAGCUGAAUUGUCCUUCGCAAUGGAAGCCUUGCUCUGGAGGUUGCACUUGCCCAGAUCAUGACUUUCCGUGCUACAUCCACUUUUUCCGAUAAUGCAUUGGAAAACAGCAAUUUGGCGCAUCUGACGCGCCGGAACGAGGAAACGUUGCCCGCUGAAGCUGCCACUUUAAAAGGAAUGAUAGACGAAUAUUCAGAGUGCAUGACCGCUCUUGAUUCCCGAGUUGUCAAUCUUGGAGAAUUGCAAACCACAUUCUUGCAGCAGGUCUCCUUAAUCGACAACGAAGUAGAGCACAUCUUGGCGGAGCGAGAGAAGCUUUCUGAUGCCAUAAAUUUCAGGAAGAAACUCCUCAGUCUCGUCAGGAGCCUUCCGUCUGGAAUACUCUGCCGAAUUUUCUACGAAACUGUCAGAGAAGUCGUCCUGUCUUUCCCGGAGCUCUGCUCAUACCUAAACGUUAUCGUUACGGACAAUAAUUUCUUCAUGCGCACGUAUCGAUAUAUGCGUCUCCUGAGUCGACAGCUUGCUCGUUCGAAGCAGCAUCGUUUGACUGUAAUGAUUCAUCGUGACGCGGAAGAAAAGAAUACAGGUUCUCUUCCUAGCCAUGUUCUUUGCUGCAUUUUCAUCCCUGCCACCGUUACGGUUAUCCUUCCCAUCCCUGAGCACCUGAUCCUUCUUUCUACCGACGGUGGAGAGAUGAGUGAGCUAGAAGGAACGGUGCUGUUUGAUGGUGCGCCUAAGCUACGGACGAUAGAAGUGAUGGACAUCAAGUAUCCUUCACGGUCGUUUACUUUGCCCUGGAAUCAGAUUAUUGGUUUCAGAAGCGAUCACGCCUUUCUUCAUGAUGCACAUCCAUCUGCAUUGGAGAUCGUGGACCAACUUCGAUCAAUGCCUAAUAUCGAGGAGUGCCAUUUGAGAUGCGAGUCAUGGGACACGAGCCUCAUUGAUGAGGAGCAAGCCCAGGUUAUCUGUCGCGAGCUUCGUUUGCUAAACUUUUCAAUGCGGUUAACUCAUCAGCGCCCAUCCUUCCAAGUACUCAAUCAGCUCACAACCCCUGCUCUGUCAACACUGUUCUUCGACGGAUGGACUUUUAACAAAGAGUUCGACGUCGACAAUACGUUUACGGCAAUCCGGAAUCUUAUUGAUCGAUUCUAUUGCCCUUCAACAAGACUAAGAUUUAUCCACGGUUUGGUGUUGACGGAGUGCAUAUUGAGCACCAUAUGCUUAACACCUACCUUGUCAUUUUUCGACAAACUCACGAUCAGACGCACCGUUCCUUCUGCGGAUGCCGUCACUCUUCUACCGCGUUUGCGAGUGUUCGUCCUUUCCGGCAUAAUGUCAGAAGAUGUUGACUCGGAAGGCUCCGUUGGAAUGAUAGAAUCCCGCUGCCGGCCGGUUAACACUGCGGUCACCUGGUUGGAGACUGUCGUUCUUCUGCGAUUAUUCUCCAAGAGGAACCAGACGAAGACGUUUCUCAGACUCUACCUCGACUGGACAACCUUCACCCGACUGGACGUAACUCAGUGA